UAUAUACAUACAAGCUACUAGUAGUGAAUAUUAUAUGUAAAAACACAUGGGGACAUAUAUUUUUAAGUAAGUUUGUAGAUCUAUUUCAUAAAAAAAAGGCAGAGUAGGAAAACUAAAGGCCUCACCUUUCUUGAUUAGCUCGUUUUAACCUUUGAUCAACACUUAAGCUUAUCAAUCACACACACACUCAUACACAUAUAAAAACACUUGCUUUAGCUUCAUCUAUUGCUUCUUGCUCAACCCCCAUUGUGAUUUCUUUCAAGGGUCACAAAGUUUGGUCCUGGACUCCAAGGCUUACGGAGAUUGGGACUAGCGCAUAGUUAAUUCGGUCUCGUAUCAAGGGUCUUGAGGACUUAAGUAGGCCAUCAUGUUUAGGCAAUCACCUCGAAGGAACCAGAGAAACAAAGGUUUUAAAGUAAAACAUGCUCUCCAGAUUUGCCUAUUUGUAGCUGUUUCGAUUUGGUUGCUCUAUCAACUGCAGCACUCACGAAAUAAGAAGGCUGCAACUGGAGAUAGCACCAAAAUCUCUGAAAGACUUGGUUAUGGGAAUGAUAAUACUAAGUUAGGGAGAAAGGAUCUCCACCCCCAAUUCAAGGGAUCAGCAGAUGACGUUGACCGGCAAAAGGAGGAUCAAGAGAUAGAGAGCAAGACUGACGAGCAUGAAGAUGAUCAAGAGGGAGCAGAGGAAGAAAGUGAGACUGAAGAACAGAAAGUGGAGUCUAAUGAGAGCAAAGAUACAGAUGCACAAGAAGAGGAGAUUGAAGAAGACAAAGAACAGGAAAACAGAGAGUCUGAAGAUGAAAGUAAGGAAAGUGCAGAAGAGAGAAAUGAUAAUGAAAAAGAAAACGUUGAGAGGAAUGAUGAAACAGGAUAUAACAAAGAAGCAGAGAACAAAGAAAAUGAAAGCGAAGACAUCCAAGAAAAGAGCAAUGAAGAUGGUGACACCACAGGAAAUGAAGAUAGCAAAGAGAAUGUAAGUGAAGAGACUUUAGAAAAGGUUAAUGGAGAAGGUGAUGCUACAAAUAAUGAAGAAAGCAAAGAGGGUGAAAGUGAAGAGAAGCAUGAACAAAGCAACGGAGAAAAUGACACCAUGGGAAAUGAAGAUAGCAAAGAGAAUGGAAGUGAAGAGAAGCAUCAAAGCAGUGAAGAAAAUGUCACCACGGGAAAUGAAGAUAGCAAAGAGAAUGGAAGUGAAGAGAAGCAUGAGGAAAGCAGUGAAGAAAAUGUCACCACAGGAAAUGAAGAUAGCAAAGAGAACGGAAGUGAAGAGAAGCAUGAGGAAAGCAGUGAAGAAAAUGUCACCACAGGAAAUGAAGAUGGCAAAGAGAAUGGAAGUGAAGAGAAGCAUGAGGAAAGCAGUGAAGAAAAUGACACCACGGGAAAUGUGGAGAGCAAAGAGAUCCAAGAAAAGAACACUGGUGAAAUUCUUAGUACAAAUAAUGAAGAUAACAAAGAGAAUGGAAAUGAAGAGGCCCUAGAAAAGAACAAUGGAGAAAAUGUUAUCUCAAAUAAUGAAGAUGGCAAAGAGAAUGAAAGUGAAGAGACCCAAGAAAAGAGCAAUGGAGAAAAUGAAAAUAUCCAGGAAAAGAACAGUGACGAAAAUGAGACAACAGGAAAUGGAGAUAGCAAAGAGAAGGGAAGUGAAGAGACUCCAGAAAAUGGCUCUGGAGAAAAUGUUGCUACUAAUAAUGAAGAUAGCAAAGAGAAUGGAAGCGAGGAGACUGAACAAAAGAGCAAUGAACAAAAUGAUACUGCAGAAAAUAAAGAUGGCAAAGAGAAUGGAAGUGAGGAGUCUGAACAAAAGAACAAUGAACAAACUGACACCGCAGAAAAUGGAAAUGGCAAAGAGAAUGAAAGUGAGGAGACCCGUGAUAAGAGCAAUGAAGAGAAUGAUCAUGCGGAAAAUGGGGAGAGCAAGGAGAACAAAGUAGAGGAAGGUGAAAGUAAGGGGAUUGAAGAAGAGAAACUUAGAAAUGAGAAGUUGAUUGAGAGCAAAUCAACUAGUGAGGAACAUGGAGAGACUAUCAAUGAUGAAAAGAGUACUGAAGCUAAGGAGGGAGAAACCAAAUCCGAGGACAUAGGUGCAACAGAGAACCAGGUGUCAGGUGGAAAUGAGGGCGAAGCUGCAACAGAUGAAAAUCACGAGGGAGGGGAGAAGGCAUCUAGUGAACUGAAGACUCUAAAUGAUUCUGAAACUCAGGGAGAAGAUAAGAAUUCCACCUCAGGAGGGCCGGAAGAGAACAACGAAGGGAAGGAACUUGAGGAGACAGCGAAGGACAACUCUGAAGAAAAUCAGAACGGUUCAGGCUUGAAUGUGACAGAGAGUGCAGUAUUUAGCAAGGAUGAUUCUGCCAUUUUGCUUCUUGGUGAAGGAAAUAGUAAUACCAGUCUGUUAGAGAUGGCAGAAAAUUCAAAUCAGACAACAAAGGCAACACAGUCUGAUGAAUUCAACGGCAAGUCUGAAGAUUCUCCUGGAGGCAACUCAGAGUCAGAUCCAAUUUCCGACAAUAGCCAAAAUCAAAGUAAAACGGUUGAGAACACAGGUGAGAACAAUGAAAACCCCGAAGAAACAACUAAAGGUGAUAGUACAGAGCCAAACUUAUCUCCUCCUGUAACAACUGAAAAUCAAAACCCUGCGACUGAAGAAUCCACGGAAUCAAUGAACAAUAUUGAACCUGUUGUGGAUGGACAAAGUGCAAACUCUAGCACAACUAACAACACAGGAGAGAACUCUGCAAAUUCUACUGAGAAAGAAAAUAAUAGUACAGUUCAAAGCCAAAAUUCUGAUACUGGAAAAGAAACUGAAGAACAGCACAGAUCAUCAGGAGAGAAUGCCAAUGAAGUUUCUGGAGAAAAUAAUACAAGUGAUUCCUCAACUCCUGCGUUCAUAGCAGAGAAAGAAGUUUCUUCAAAUCCAAAUGACAGUUCUGAUGUCAGCAAUAAAGAUGAAGCUAAUUCAAUCCCUCAAGAUGCAAAACAGGCCGAGACAGAUACGAACACUCUACAAGAGAGUGCAACGGAAGUAAAUGAUAAUAAAGUUGCAGCUGAGAAGUGAUAUUCGCAAUCAGGUUUCUUUUUUGUUAUAGUUAAACAUUUUACUACUACCUUUUUUGUUGGAAAAAAGUCAUUCUGUAUUAUCAGUUGCCAAAGUGGUUUGUCAUGUUUGAACUUAUGUUACAUAUGUUGAGUAAUAUAAUUCGUUGUAGAA